CAUCCACUUUUCCAGCACCUUUCUCACACGUGUUUAGUUUGGCUUGGAUUUUACUUCAUUUACUAGAGAAAUACAAGGUAAAGAAUGGCUGCCACAACUGCUGAGAUUAACGAGGAAGCACAGAAAGAGGUAAAGCCCCAGGGCGAAGGCCAAGAAGUUGCAGAUGGCAAGAAUGGCGACGUAAAGGAGGACGCUGCUCCGGCAGCUGAGGAGCAAUACACAAAGCAGGAGCGCGCCAUUAUACGGCAGAUUGAGUAUUACUUUGGCGAUGCUAAUCUACAUCGUGACAAGUUCCUAAGCGAGCAAAUCUCAAAGAAUGAGGGCGGCUGGGUACCGCUGUCGGUGUUGAUCACAUUUAAACGUUUGGCAGCACUCAGCACAGACUCUGAUGAAAUCGUCAGUGCAGUGAAUAAAUCUGAAGAUGGUCUUGUUGAAAUUAGCGAGGACAAGCUGAGCUUCCGUCGCCAUCCCGAGCGUCCCAUUCCAGAACAUAAUGAGGAGCGUCGCAAGGAAAUACAGGAGCGCACCGCCUAUGCUAAAGGCUUUCCAUUGGACACUGAAAUGUCUACCAUUUUGGAUUUUGUCAGCACCUACGAGAAGGUAGUCAAUGUGACAAUGCGCAAGCACUACGACAAGCCCACCAAAUCCUACAAAUUCAAGGGCAGCAUAUUUGUAACUUUUGACACAAAGGAGCAAGCCAAGGAGUUCGUUGAGAAUAAGGAGAAGUUGGUCUUCAACCAGCGUGAACUGCUGCGCAAGUGGCAGAUUGACUACUUAAAAGAGAAACAAGAGGAAUAUCAAAAGAAAGCUGAGAAGCGAAAGAACAAGAAGGAACCCAAGCCAGAGCCGGAAAUUGAGCUACCUAAGAAUGCUAUUGUUGUAUUUGAGGGUGCACCAGAUACAGCCACCCGCGAAGAAAUUCGUGAGGCCUUUGAAAAAGUCAAGGACUUUGAUAUUGCAUUCAUUGAAUUCAACAAGGGCGACACUAAAGGUUCGGUGCGUCUCACCGAAGCCGAUGCGGCUGAAAAAUAUAUUGCCAAGGUGGAGGAAGCUAAGCUUAAAUUCAAUGAUGAUGUCUCACUGCCGCUGCGCAAGGCCACCGAGGAGGAGGAGAAGGAAUUCCUCACCAAGGCCAUUGAUUUCAUGAAGAAGCGUCGCGAUUUCACCCGCAACAAGGGCAACAAACGUUUUGGCCGUAAACGUGGCGGCCACGAUAACAAACACAACAACAAGAAGCAGCGUCGCGAGUAGAAUGCCCGCCCAGAAAGCAAACCGUUAGCUCUAGAUGUUAGCUUUACUCAAAUAGUUUCUUGUGACAUUCAGUUUCAUCUGAUAGUUUUCCAGUAAAAUAAGUUUUGAGAUACACUGAUUAUAUCUGUGAAAAAUAUGUAUAGUUUACAUAAAAUGAGACGAACUCUUAAUUUAUUUUUAA